UUAUCUGGCAACGUGGAAGUUGUCUUUCACGUUCAACUCGCGAGGAAAGUGAAAAUUUCAAAGAACUUACGAAAAACCCAAAUUGAUAGUAAUUUUUAUCAAGAAAUUUUACAUAAUUGUUUUAGGGGCUUAUUAAGAAUAUAUUUGUAAUCUAAUUGGAAUGCGAGAGUAAAAUUUGAGAGCGGUCGGUUAGAUCUAGAAAGGUGCUGGAUGUGAUUGACAGAUAGCAGGGCAAGGCAGGGGACAGACAUUAGUAAUAAAAGGUGAAGAAGAUAUUGUCAAAGACGGGCGACUUCGGGAAGUCAGAACUGGGCCGAAUUGAAAGAAGCAGAUUAACCAGUAGAAGAAAUGAAGUUACUUUUCAAGAACAAUUUUAACUUAUAGACGACAAAUUUAAUAUUUCGAGCAUAUUUAAGCAAGACAAAGUACAAGUGAGCAAGGCAGGAAGUGUCAAACAAGUGCUGUGCGGUUGACGACACGAAGAAGUGGUAAACGAUAGAGUUGCAACAAAUACCAAAUAAGGCCAGGACAAAGAAUAUCGUAAUUUUAGGAGCUUGAUAAAUUGUUUAAUACAAAAAUUUUGUGCUCGUUCACAAAUAAAAGCAAUGGAUAAUACCGCAAGUGCCAUUGUUGAACAGCAAAAAUUAGCAACAACACAGAAAUCAAAGAAAAGGCAGAAGAGUAAAAAGGCAAAUGGGAAGGUGCCCAUCAGCAGUGCACCAAAUGACUUGCCGGAUGUUGCGAAGGACAUUGAACAAGUUGCGGUUGUUAGUGGUGCAGAAGAAGUCACAGCGAAUGGGAUUUCCGAAACACUAAAACAACAUUUACACAUUACAGGAGAUGGUCUACAAAUAAACGGGACUGUUGGAAAGUGCAGCAGUCAUACUGCACAGAAUGGGCAUCAUACACCCACAACCGAUAUUACACACAACAACGCGAGGACGGCAAUUGUACAAACACAACAGCAACUGUCAGCCUUGCAAGAAAUAACAACGUCUGGUGCUUUGAAAAAAUCAAAGAGUAAAAACAACAAACAAAAGAACAAAGAAGCUAAUUUUGUAACUGAAAAUCAUAAGUCACCACAGACAAGUCAUAAUAGCAAUGGCGAGUCACCAGCACUGACAUGCACAAGUCCUAUGGAAGCAACACGCAAACCAACGGAAGUGGAUAAUGUGCAAAUGAAAAAUGGUUUCCAUGAAUUCACUAAUGAACACGACGAAGCAUUACACAGUAAAGAAACGCACCAACAAUGUGUAGUCAAUGCUGAAAUAACUAAACCUAUAACCAACAAUACUGAACCGAAUACAUUAAACUCUGCAGCGGCGAGAGGAGUGGCGGCAACUGCAGCGGUAUCAAUAUCUGGCACCUGCCCACAACACAAACAAUUGUCCACACCAACGGUGGUACAACAAAAUACUAUAUAUGCUAACCCUCCUACUGCAAUACACAAUACGAACAACACUGCCAAGCAGCACGCAGACGAUGCGCAGCAAACUGAUCAAACUAACCCUAAGGAAGCGCCGCUAAGCGUGCCAACAACGCCCGCACUGGCUGUGACAACCGAAUUGGAUUUGAGUAAUGUGCAAAUUGAGUAUAAGGAAUAUGAAUCUGAAUUGCAAAUGCAUGAUAUAAUGCGUUUAAUACAAGCCGAACUAUCGGAGCCUUACUCUAUUUAUACGUAUCGUUAUUUCAUAUACAAUUGGCCGAAAUUGUGUUUUCUGGCAGCGCAUGGCAAUGAGUAUAUUGGUGCCAUAGUAUGUAAGCUUGACAUGCACAGAAACGUGAGGCGUGGUUACAUAGCAAUGUUGGCGGUGCGUAAGGAAUAUAGGAAACUUAAAAUUGGCACGACGUUGGUACAAAAAGCAAUUGAGGCCAUGCUUGCCGACAAUGCUGAUGAAGUUGUGCUGGAAACCGAAAUGCGUAACGUGCCCGCUUUGCGUUUAUACGAGAACUUGGGUUUUGUGCGUGAUAAACGCUUGUUUCGCUACUAUUUAAAUGGCGUUGAUGCGUUGCGUUUAAAAUUGUGGUUUAGAUGAGAUUGUGUUUAGUUGAGUUUCAUUGCCACAUUGCAUGCACACAAUAUAAAUACAUAUGUAUGGAAUUAUAACAUAAUAAUUUGUAUGCGAAGCGAAUUCGGUUGAGAUGUUCUCUUUCACUUUUACAUACAUACAUACAUACAAAUGUUCAUAUUUAAUUGAAAACAAAGCAAAACAACAAAACAGAAAGCAAACAAACGUAAAUACUAAGGAAAUCAGAAAAAUUAUAUGAAAUAUUAACUGCAAAUAGUUGGUUUCUGUUAUAAUUUUAUUUUUGGAUCUGACUUAUAAACAAUUGCUGUAAACACUAUAAAUAUUUGCGCAGAAUGUCAAAUUGGCUGAAUUUAUGUGUGUUGUUGUUUCUAAAAGUCCUUUUCGUUUAGAAUGACAUGUGCAUUUUAGCGCUCCCUUUUUCAGUUUUCAGUCUUAAAGCCUUAAACGAGCUUGCAGUAAAAGGGAAGCUAUUUUAAGUCAUAAUAUAAUGAUAGUUUCUGGUGUAUGAUUAUUAGCUGACAUUUUCAUCAUAUAAAACGAUUUGAGUGGUUAAGUAACUUUGUUAAGUAACUUAAGUUUAACUUAUUUUAAGUUUUUUUGCAGCUGAUCUUUUAGGUAUAAUUUUAACAUUAACUUACAUUUAUUUUCAACUUCAGCUUUUGUUAUGAUUUUCCGUUGUUUUCCUAUUUAAAAAAAAUAUUAUUUUGCAUAUUAAGUUUUAUUCUCAAUUGCAUAUGCUAAAAAAUGUCUAGUGCUACUUAAAAAGAAAGCUUUGUAAAUAAAAAAAUAACAAACAUGCGACAUGUUUUAUGAUUUAAAUGAUUUUUUUUUCAUAUAAUUAAUAAAUAUUUCCAUUUUCGUGCUAGUAUUUUGUAAUUAAUUUUUAUUUUUAAUUUAAAAAAUUGUACUUGGUAUACUUUUAGGCGUACAUUUUUUUAAUAACGGCGCAUCUGUGGGGCCUAAACAUAUUUACAGAGAAAAUUUACUAAAGUAUAACAAAUUACUAAACAAAACAAAAAACUGUGGAGAGUGAACCACUAAAGCAAUUAUUUAUUUGCAUUAAACAACAAAAAAUAGAAAUAAAAAAUUAAUUAUAAAACAAUCAAUUUAUUUAGUUGGAAAACAGAGCUAAUAAAUAAACCAAAAAAUAAAAAAUUCUUAAUAUAUUAAAAAAAGCAUUAAGUGUAACACAAACAGAUUAGUUUCGAGAUAUGCCAUAAAAAGCAAUUGUACAUACAAUAUA